CACCAUGCAAAAAUAAAAAAAAAACCAACAUCGACUCAGCCCCCCUCCCACAAAAAAUGUUAAAUUCCUACUCAGAAUAAUAAGCUCAAAAAUUUUUAUUUGUGGCAUGUAAGAGCUAAUAAAUAGUUCAUAAUUUUGCGUUAUUGAUUUUUUAUUUUUACAUGGGGGGGAGGGCUAGCUUGACAGGGAUCCUUCACUAACUUGCUCAACUUUCUUGAUAAUUGAGAAUUUUAUAAAGUUAAUUUUAUUUUGUAAUUUUAUCUUUUUUAUAAAAAGAUAUUUAUGUAUGUAAUAAAAUGAAUGUACUUGUGUAAUAAUAUUUGUUCAUUAUUAAUUUACAGAUUAAUUAUAAUGAACGCUAUGGAUGACGCCAAGCGUAUAAAAGAAUAUAUAGAGGAUAUGCGAAAAAUGGUACGACAAUUGGAACGUAUGGAGCAGAAAGCGAAAUGGAUUAAUGCUGAAGAAACGUUGUUUCAAUUUCCAUUAACUUUGUAUCCCCGUAUCAAGGAAUUGAAAGAACUCAUUUUACCGUUUUACAUUCUCAUUUAUCGAGGCUAUCAGUGGCAAAGAGAUCGCAAAAUUUGGUUAGAUGGUCCUUUCGAAUAUCUUGAUGUUCAGCACAUUGAAAACAAAUUGAAUGAAUAUCUAAUUGAUUUCGCCAAAAUCAGUAAGCAGUAUAAGACAAGAAUCAAGCUGCAACUUGCAAUUAACUAUCCCUACAGUUUUGCAGGAUUGGUAGAUGAUCCUGAUCCAUUCCAACAACCAGCACCUCUAAAAUUAUGUUACCAAUUGGAUGAAGAUGUGAAAUGGUUUAAGCAAUAUGUUCCAUUAUUUGCCAUUUGUCGUAAUUCAACGAUGCAACAAACUCAUUGGAACAAUGUGUCAAUUAUUACUGGAUAUGAUUUGACAACAGAUGCUGGCACAACUUUGAGGAAAAUAAUCAAUAUGAACAUGUUGGAAGAUUCAGAAAAGUAAUAUUGUUUUAUAAAACUAUACUACACUAAUAUUAAAAAUGGAUGUGACAUGAUAUAUUUUUUAUACAAUCCAUAAAAUUUAUCUGUUAAUUUUGAUAAUUAUACUUUAAUACUUUUAUGUACAAAAUAAUGAAAUUAAUUUGUAACGACUGUUUUCCUACUUGGAUCAGCUCGUCGGGAUCAGGGUGUAGGAAGGGUCCCUGAGACAAUAGGGGCUUGACAGAUUCGGUAGAAAUUAUAAUAUAUUUAAUAGUACUAGGAUGAUAUUUACAGUAUUUACAAUCUAUAUACAAAGAAACGCGAGUCUCGCUCCGAUUAGCUGUGUGCCGGCCGCGCACGAUGCUUGGUGGCGGUCGCGGGGUAUGGAGACGCAACGGCGGGCGAUACUUCGACGGUGCGGUACUCGGGUUUCGUGGCGCGGUGCGGUGCGCGG